CGUCAUACGUCAAAUUGUCAAUUGUCAACAAUUGUGACAAUUUUAUGUGUAUUUUGUAUCAUACAUUAUAAUUAUUUUAAUACGUGUUAUAUGAUAGGAUGGGAAAAAUAGUGAUUUAUUAGACUGUGCAAGUCAAAUUAAUUGCUUAUGGGAAUCUUUGAACGUACUUAAUAUCUACGCUAGCAGUGACCUCGUCAACUACAACUCGAAGGACUGUCGUGCGAUUUUUUUAGGUAUGUCGGUUUGGUCAGCCAGUACGGUUGGAAAUAAUUACCAUUACGCGCAUCCAGCCAGUCGCGACAGUCACUCAAAUAAUUGGUGUCCAAACUUAACUAAGCACAAGUGCGUGAUGUCUGGAGAAACGCCAAUACAAACCGACGAUGCUCUGCAUACACCAGCAUACUUAUCCUGGAGGAAGCUUCAGCUCAGCCGUGCCAAACUCAAGGCCUCAAGUAAAACAUCAGCCUUGCUGUCAGGAUUUGCUAUGGUAGCUAUGGUUGAGGUGCAGUUAAAUCAACCAGAGGACACGAAAGUACCGCCCGCGAUGUUGGUAGCUUUCACUGUAUGUACGACAUUACUAGUGGCAGUUCAUAUGUUGGCACUCAUGAUAAGCACGUGCAUCUUGCCUAACAUUGAGGCGAUUGGCAAUCUCCACAGUAUAUCACUUGUACACGAAUCGCCACACGAAAGAUUGCACUGGUAUAUUGAAAUCGCAUGGGCGUUUUCAACAUUACUAGGUCUUAUUCUGUUCCUAGUCGAAAUAGCUAUACUCUGCUGGGUAAAGUUCUACGAUCUUAGUGUAACAGCAGCUUGGUCGGCCUGUGUUGUACUUAUUCCGGUCAUGAUAGUAUUCCUAGCUUUUGCUAUUCAUUUCUAUAUGUCUCUAGCGACACAUAAAUACGAAGUAACCGUCACUGGUAUCAAAGAGUUGGAGUUACUAAAGGAACAGAUCGAAAUGGGUGAUCAUGAUGGUCGUAUGAAUAAUCUAACGUUACUAGAACAAAGUAGAAUUGUUUGAUGGAAUAUUUUGUAUGUUAUAUCGGAUUGUUCUUUUAUCUAUGUAAGUUAGUUACGCUCACAUACAAGUAGCGUUUUUAUUAAUUAAUCAUUGUUCCAUGAAUUCGCGUUGUUGUAACAAUGCAAUAACCGAAACGCUACGUACUUUAUCUUUAGAUAUAGUGUAGGUACUUAGAUAAGUACUUAUAUGUGCCAAUUAAUGGUCUUUACUAUUUUGUAUUAUAUUGGAAAGUUUUGAUUUUUUUUUCAUAAAAUUAUUAGGUUAUAUGGUAAAAAAAUGACAGUUGAAGCUCCUCAGAACAGUGCACUGUUUCAAAAAGUUAAUUAUCUGUGUGCCUGAAUCGGAGUGUAUUUUACUACGCAACCUUUAAAGUCAAUAUAUUAAAAAAAUAUCUGAUCGACUCAAAAUUCAAAAGUUAAUUGUUUUACGUCUUCUAAAUAUCCAUUCAAUGGAUCAAAAUUUUUAAAUAAUCUAGUGCUCUCGCAAUUGUCUUAAAAUUUAAAUACGCAAGACACUAAUUUCAUUAUCAAACUAACCUUGAAGUCAAGGAAAAAUUUAGGAACAAAACUAAACAUACAUUAUAUUUGUGUCGUUUAAACAGACUUCACGGAGAAAAUUUUCUAUUCGUUUGUAUGUUUUUACACAUGAACUCCAACAAUGGAAACCAAUGAUGAAUCCUAUAGAAAUUUAUCUUAACCAUGCCAAUAUUCUCCUGGUAUUUACACUGAUCUUUAUAAAUAUCCACCGGAUAGAGAGCUGCUUAGAAAUGUCAGUUUCAGCUACGAAGCUGUCAUUUCUGUCACAAGACUGCCGCCAAAAUCUAUCUCUAUUAUAUUUACGAGUUACCAAGUGCUACAAUCAACGCUAAUAUGGCAAAAAUCAAAUAGGCACAAAAUUCCGUGGCUUAUAGCCUGUCCAGUGGAGUAUAAAGUUCAGUGGGUAUUUAGUAUAGAAGAUUUUUGAUGGUUUUUUGACAUGCAAUAUACAUUAAUGUAAUUUUUUUUGUAAAGAAAUAUAAAAACGUGCAAAUUCUCUUGAAAUUUAUAAAUGUAACCGCUUGAGUAAGCAGGGAAUGUAAACACGCUGUGACUUAUUAAAUAUAAAAAAAUAAGAGUUACUUAAUUCAAUGUAAUGAAUUACUCUGUGAUAUAAUUAAUGACAUUGUUACGAUAUCUGUCAAUACCCUAUGUUUAAUAUAAUUUUUUAUUUGUAAAAAAAAUAAUUUUACAAACAUUGUUAUGUACGA